CACAAAGCCACCCCAGCCACCAGCCCCACCUCGACCUGCCACUCAGCUCUGCCUCCCCGUUCAUGGCAAUGCCCCAGAACUCAACUGGAGAAAAUGGCUUUUGUUUCCCUCAAACCCUUGACUUCUCCCACCCAUCUCCUCCUCCUGGUGCUACUGCUCGGACCCUCGAGUCCCCAGGUGGGCAGGAGGCGUGUGACACCCCCCUGAGCAACGGCACCGUGUCCUCCGGCCUGCCCAGCCCUUCCAGCUCCCAACCCCUCUGCUCCACCAGCCCUGAAGAGGAGGAAACCCAGUUUGGGCAAGGGAUCAAAUACGUCUCGUCCGAAGGGGAGGAACCGGCGUGCGGCUGGGGGGACUUCACCCCGGGGUGCCUGCAGCUUUUCAACACCUCCAAGGGCGUCUUGUUCUUCCUCUGCGUCGCCUCCUUCCUGCAGGGCAUGACGGUCAACGGCUUCGUCAACACCGUCAUCACCUCCAUCGAGCGGCGCUUCGACCUCCGCAGCUACCAGAGCGGCCUCAUCGCCAGCUCCUACGACCUGGCAGCCUGUGCCUGCCUGACCUUCGUCAGCUACUUUGGGGGGAACGGCCACAAACCCCGAUGGUUGGGUUUUGGGGUGCUGGUCAUGGGUUUGGGCUCCCUCCUCUUCUCCUUGCCCCACUUCACCGCAGGGCGCUACGAGACGCUUUCGGGUUCCCAGCUGGGGGUCUGCGGGGGCAACUGGAGCUUGCCCUGCUCCCGGGAUGCUUCCAGCCUCUCCGGGUAUAGGUUUGUCUUCAUGCUGGGGCAGUUCCUGCAUGGGAUGGGAGCCACGCCGCUCUAUACGCUCGGUGUCACCUAUUUAGAUGAAAACGUCAAAAGUAACUAUUCCCCCGUGUACAUUGCUGUUUUCUACACUGCUGCAAUCCUUGGGCCUGCAGUGGGUUAUCUGGUAGGAGGAAUGUUUCUAAAUAUUUAUACUGAAAUUGGAAGAGAGACUGACAUUGCCCCGGAGAACACCCUGUGGGUGGGGGCAUGGUGGAUUGGCUUCCUCGGGGCUGGAGCAGCCUCCCUCCUCAUCUCCAUCCCCAUCCUGGGAUACCCCCAGCGCCUCCCAGGAUCCCAGCGCUACACGGUCAUGAGGGUGUCAGAGGCUCAUCAGCUAAAAGAUGGGAGCCACAAAAAAGCAUCAGAUCCAGACUUUGGGAAAACAGUGAAAGAUCUACCUCGAUCAGUGCUGUUGCUUCUGAAGAACCCCACCUUCAUCUUCCUCUGCUUAGCAGGAGCCACUGAAGCCACCCUCAUUGCUGGGAUGUCCACAUUUGGCCCCAAGUUCCUGGAAUCUCAGUUUAGUUUAAGUGCCUCUGAAGCUGCUACCUUUUUUGGUUACCUGGUUGUGCCAGCAGGAGGAGGAGGCACAUUCCUGGGAGGAUUCCUUGUGAAUAAAUUUAAACUCCGCUGUUCAGGAAUCAUCAAGCUGUGUUUAGUCUGCACAGUCUCGAGUCUGCUGGCAAUAUUCAUUUUUUUUAUUCAUUGCCCCAACAUGCCAAUGGCAGGAGUCACCCAGGUGUACAAGGGAAGUGCUUUGCCUGCUGGCCACCUAAACCUGACAGCAUCCUGCAAUGCUGAGUGUGGCUGUCUCCAGGAGACCUACAGCCCUGUCUGUGGGAGUGAUGACAUUAUGUAUUACUCCCCCUGCCAUGCUGGCUGCAAAAAAGUGGCUGAAAACCUCAGGAAUGGCAAGAAGGUCUAUCAGGAGUGUAGCUGUGUUGAGGAACCUUUCCUGCCCAGCCCUGGCAAUGCAGAGGCAGGGAAAUGCACUUCCUCUUGUGAGAAAAGGCCCCUGCUCCUCUUCUUCAUAUUUUUGGUGAUCCUCUUCACCUUCCUGAGCAGCAUUCCUGCCCUGACUGCCACCCUGAGGUGUGUGUCUGACAGGCAAAGGUCAUUUGCUCUGGGGAUCCAGUGGAUUGUGGUACGAACCCUAGGAGGCAUCCCUGGCCCCAUUGCCUUUGGGUCCAUGAUUGAUAAAUCCUGCCUGCUCUGGCAGAACCAGUGUGGUGAGCAAGGUUCUUGCUAUGUUUACCAGAACUCAGCCAUGAGCAGAUACACCCUCAUCGCUGGACUGGUCUACAAGGUGCUUGGGACAACCUUCUUUAUAGUUGCCUGUUUUCUCUACAAACCCCCACCAUCGGAGUCAGCAGUGGGCAGCUCAGAUGCAUCUGAAAAUGGCAACUCUGACCUCCAGGAACAGAAACCUUCCCUGCCAGCUGAAGAGGAUAUCUAGCUCUGUACGUGUGGAAGUGACUUUCUCAGUCUCCAAAAUAAGAUUUUAUGCAAUCCUGAGGGGGUUUUAAAAAUUAACAGUCAUAUU